AUGGUUCUCUCGAGAGCAUUGACAAAAAUGGAAGCAACCAAAUUAAGUGAACUCGCUAGGGUGAAAUUUGAAGCAGAAAGCCGUAGGCCUCGAGCAGGCGAAGAGUUGGGCUUGUCCGAGCCGGAAGAAGUGAUCGCCCCUGUCAACUGGACAAGAGGCCUGGCUGUUGGAAACUCGACCCCUUUGCUUGGUUCCGACACCGGCGAUGGUCGAUCCUCCCACAACGCACAGCAGGCGCCUUUGAUCACACGAGCCCAACAGACGGAGCCCCCGUUGACGGGGGCCUUUGUGAUCGGUGGACUCUUCCUUUCGGCCACUCUGGUGGUCACCGUGUCUGCCAUUGUCUUCUGCAGAAAGCGGAAUACCGUGUUCGUGCUACAACACUGUGAACAGGAUUAUGCCCUCGGCGCUAGCCAUUUGCACUACAGGAACAGAUAUGCUCUGGCCUCCUCCUCGACGACCGGCUUCAGGCCGCAUGAGCGCGGGGCCGAGGAGGACGAUGCGACCGCCUCC